AUGCAGGGGAGAGAUCCUUAUUGAUGUGAUUAUAUCAUCUCAGCUCCCUACGUGAGAAAACACGAAGACGAAGAAUGGUGAGCAUGACCAACGACCGACGUCGGCAAUGGACGCUGGCGCUGGUGACGGCGGCGUCUCUGCUCGAGCGCGCGGACGAGGAGCUGCUGCCGGCCGUGUACAAGGAGGUGGGCGAGGCGCUGGGCGCGUCCCCGGCCGCGCUGGGAUCCCUCACGAUGUACCGCGCGCUCGUGCAGGCCGUGUGCUACCCGCUCGCCGCGUGCGCCGCGGCGCGCUACGACCGCGCGGGCGUCAUCGCCGUCGGGGCCUUCCUCUGGGCCGUCGCCACCAUGCUCGUCGGCGUCUCUGCCACUUUUCUCCAGAUGGCGAUCGCGAGGGGGUUUAACGGCGUGGGCUUGGCGCUGGUGGUGCCGGCGAUGUACUCCCUGGUGGCGGACUACAGCGACGACUCGACGCGCGGCUCGGCGUUCGGGUGGCUGGUGAUGGCGAGCCGUGUGGGUGCCAUGGUGGGGGGCUCCCUCGGGGUGCUGCUCGCGCCGACGACCUUCCUCGGCGUCGCCGGCUGGCGGCUACCCUUCCACAUAGUCGCGGUUUUCAGCGUCGCGCUCGCCGUCACCACGUGGUUCCUCGCCUCCGAUCCCCGUCCGGCGAAAACGUCCAAGAAGACCACGGCCAAGGUGGCCAAAGAACUUAUCUUGGAGGCCAAGGACGUGAUGCGCGUGCCGACAUUCCAGAUCCUGGUGGCGCAGGGGGUGGCCGGGUCGGUGCCGUGGUCGGCGCUCACCUUCGCCGCCAUGUGGCUGGAGCUCGUGGGGUUCACGCACUGGCAGACCACCGCAAUCACCAACCUGAACGUGCUCGCUGGAGCAUUAGGCGCACUCUUCUCCGGGUACAUCGGAGACCCCAUGGCGCGGCGGUUCCCGAACGCCGGCCGGAUCGCUCUGGCACAGGUGAGCACGGCGUCAACCAUCCCGAUCGCCGCCGUCCUGCUGCUCGCGCUGCCCAACGACCCGUCGGCGGGGGCCGCGUACGCCGCCGUCUUCUUCGUCCUGGGCUUCGUCAUGCCCUGGUGCCCAGCGGCCACCAACAAUCCUAUAUUAGCGGAGAUCGUGCCGGAUAACGCAAGGACGACGGUGUACGCGCUGGACAGGUUCUUCGAAACAAUCUUGUCUUCGUUCGCGCCAACACUCGUGGGCAUCCUGGCGGAGCAGGUCUUCGGAUACAAGCCAGCUUCGUCCGGCGCCGCUGUCGUCGAGAACGAACGGGAGAACGCCGCCGCGCUGGCCAGGGCAGUUUUCGCGGAGGUCGCCGUCCCCAUGGCCGUCUGCUGCAUCACCUACUCCUUGCUAUACUGCACGUACCCAGCAGACAGACAGCGGGCGCAGAUGGCAGCUGAUCUCGUGGCGGAAUAUGAACAGGACUCUGAAAAUCCUGUUGCUGCCACUCCUGUUACUGUGGAUAGCAUAAACCAGGCACUCCUAGCGAAAUUUUGUCAAAAAGGACCACCUGCCCCAGUUUAAUGUCAAAAAGGACCACCUGUGAACGGAAAUGACAAAAAUGCCGUGGCGGCAGCACGGCCAGGCGACGCGUGGCGCCUGCCGCCGGAGCCGGUGGCGGCAGGGCCUGCCGCCGUCGGCCGUGGCGGCAUGUCCGCCUCCGUCCGCCCGCCGUGAACGCCGACACCGGCAGCGUCGACCUGCCGCCUGCACCGACGGCGGCACGCUGAGCUGGCGUUCCUGCCGCCAGGCCAGGUGGCGGCAUGCGCUUUUCCUGGCCGACAGCAUUUGACCACAGUGACGGCUCUGUUUUCCACGCAGACGGCGCUGCUUUCCACGCUAACGGCGGUGAUUUCCAGGCAGACUGUGUCAGAUUCGCCUUGUCCAUCUUCUGAGGCUAUUUGGUCCGGUUUGAGUCUAUUUGGCACUAGUUUUUGCACUUUCAGCUAUGUUUGAGACUGUAGUUGUACAGAAAAUUGAUUGUAUGAUACAGAAACGUGACCAGUGCAGCGCCGCAUGCUUUAUAACCA